AGCAGUACAACUUCAAAAUGUACAACUGCGCUACUGGUCUGCAUUUCAUAUUUCUGAUAAGGACCGACCUUGCACAUUCCUGUAAUUCUUCAUUUAGUCGCAUUGCUCAUGAAACAGUGCCGGCAGGCUACUGUUUCAUGUCCACUGAAACCAUGGGGUGAGGUCACGGAAGUGAGUUACUGUGUGGUCAGCAUAUCUCAGGCACACAACUGUUUCUCCCUUUCUUCUAAUCUAGGCGAGGAGCUGCUGCCGUGAAUGCUGCCUGUGUUCAGUCACACACAAACUGAAGUUUGAUGCACAUAAGAGGGGUAAAGUGGGCAACUUGCUGGAGAAAAGUGGAUGGGGCUGUGAUGAUCUGUGUCGCAGUUUUGGAGAUCCUCUGGGUGCAGCAUCGAGAUUUGAUUUUCAAACGGCCCUUGCGUCCUCAGGCAUCUUUUAUCAGCCUCACCUGAAGACAGCAUGAGCUUCUCUGGAAAAUAUGAAGUGGAAAGUGAUGAAAACUAUGAUAAUUUUGUGAAGCGCAUUGGUCUCUCUCCUGACUUGAUUGAAAAGGGAAAAAAUGCCAAGAUCAUUACUGAAGUAAUUCAUAAUGGAGAUGAAUUCACCUGGUCCCAGAUUUACCCAGGAGGGACGACUACUACUAAUAAAUUUGUUAUUGGCAAGGAAUCAGAAAUGGAGACAAUGGUCGGCAAAAAAUUUAAGGCAACAGUUAAAAUGGAAGGUGGAAAAGUGGUUGCUGACUUCCCUAAUUAUCAUCACACUGCAGAGAUUGCUGGGGGCAAACUAGUUGAGAUUUCUACAUGUGGUGAUGUAACUUACAAGAGAAUCAGCAAGAGGGUAUGAGAAGCAGCUCGAGAAACAGUAACUGAUCCCAGUCCUUUAGUCAUACUGGAAAAUGAGCAAUAAAAACAAAAUAUUAUGUAACAGA